AUUUUUCUUAGCAUUCCCGUUGGUCUGAUAUUAUCGGGUAACCGUGGCCUAACACUGAAAAGUUCAAGUUGCACUCACCUUGCGGCCAUGGAAACUCUCUGCCUGCAGGCUCACCCCGUGGCCCAAUUCCGACCUGACACCGACAAAAUCCGACGCAAACUCGUCGAAAAGGGCGUCCAUCCCACACCGAAGAUCGUUCACACUCUCCGCAAGAAGGAAAUCCAAAAGCACAAUCGAAAACUCAAGUCCCAACCCCCUCCCCCCCUCACCCCGGCCCAGACCCAAGCCUUGUCCGAAGAGCAACACUUCCGCACCCUCAAACGCGAAUUCACGAGAGUGAUGAAAGCCACCGCCAGCCACGACGGCGCUCGCGUCGGCGCUCGCGUCAUGGCGGGGAAGCCCUGGGAGGGGAUUCAGAAGGUUGACUUUCUGGAGAAAACGUGGGCCAGCAAGGACUUGGGAGUGCAGAAGCUCAAGAGGGAGAGUUUGACGGAGUUGAAGGAAAUGUUCGAAGCGCGGAAGAAGGAUGAACUCAAGUGGGUUUUCGACGCCGACCUCGAAAUCGACGAGGUUUGGUUCGACGAAGGGUAUGGGGUGAGGAGCAAGACUCCGAAACGCAGCGAGAGUGACGUUAUAAAAUUUCUCGUUCACAGGCUAAGUGAUAGGGAGAUUACCAUGAGGGAUUGGAAGUUUUCAAGGAUGAUGAAGUUGUCAGGAUUGCCAUUUACUGAAGUGCAGUUGUUGAGAAUUGUGGAGUUGCUAGGUGUCAAACGUUGUUGGAAGCAAGCUCUUUCUGUGGUUCAAUGGGUGUAUAAUUAUAAGGAUCACAGGAAGUUUCAGAGCAGGUUUGUUUAUACAAAACUUCUUGCAGUUCUUGGGAAGGCAGGAAGGCCGAAGGAGGCCCUUCAAAUUUUCAAUAUGAUGCGUGAAAACAUCCAUGUAUAUCCCGAUAUCGCUGCAUAUCACAGCAUUGCUGUUACACUUGGUCAAGCUGGUCUUCUGAAAGAAUUGCUGAAUAUUGUGGAAUGCAUGAGGCAGAAACCCAAAAAAUUUAUGCAUCGCAAGAACUGGGAUCCAGUUCUUGAACCUGAUGUAGUUAUAUAUAACGCUGUUCUUAAUGCUUGUGUUCCAUCAAAGCAGUGGAAAGGUGUAUCAUGGGUUUUUAAGCAACUGAGGAAAAGUGGUUUAAAACCUAACGGAGCAACUUAUGGACUUGCAAUGGAGGUAAUGAUGGAAUCUGGCAACUAUGACCUUGUCCAUGAGUUUUUUGGAAAGAUGAAGAGAAGUGGGGAAGUUCCAAAAGCUCUUACUUAUAAAGUGUUGGUGAGAACUUUAUGGAAGGAAGAUAAAAUUGAUGAAGCCGUUGAAGCCGUCAGGGACAUGGAAAGAAGAGGAAUUAUUGGAACAGCUAGUGUAUAUUAUGAGCUAGCUUGUUGUCUUUGCAACAAAGGGAGGUGGCAAGAUGCUAUCCUAGAGGUUGACAGGAUUAGAAGUCUUCCUCAUGCCAGGCCUUUGGAAUUUACUUUCACCGGCAUGAUCAAGUCUUCCAUGGAUGGUGGACAUAUUGAUGAUUGCAUAUGUAUAUUUGAAUACAUGAAAGAUCAUUGUGCUCCUAACAUUGGGGCCAUAAAUACAAUGCUAAAAGUUUAUGGCCAAAAUGAUAUGUUCACUAAAGCCAAAGUUUUAUUUGAGGAAGCUAAAGUAGCCAAACUAGAAUUUUAUUCCACCCCAGAGGGUGGUAAUAGCUCUGUCGUCCCAGAUAUGUACACAUAUAACUCAAUGUUGGAAGCUUCAGCUAGCGCACAGCAAUGGGAAUACUUUGAGCAUGUGUACAGAGAGAUGAUUGUUUCCGGCUAUCAAUUGGAUCAAAAUAAGCACUUGCCAUUACUUAUUAAAGCUUCAAGAGCUGGCAAGUUGCAUUUACUGGAGCAUGCAUUUGACCUAAUUCUAGAAGCUGGAGAAAUUCCUCACCAUCUUUUCUUUUUUGAAUUGGUGAUUCAAGCUAUAGCUCAGCAUAAUUAUGAGCGAGCUGCUAUCUUAAUCAACACCAUGGCUUAUGCGCCAUUCCAAGUGACUGAAAAGCAGUGGACAAACCUGUUUAAGGAAAGUGAAGACAGAAUCAGUCAUGAAGAUCUAGAGCAGUUGUUGGGUGCUGUUGGUAAUUGUGAUGUCGCAUCAGAACCUACAGUCUCUAAUUUAACAAGAUCAUUGCAUGUUCUUUGUGGAGGUACACCUAGAAGCAUCUCUAGUAUAAUCCCUUUUGGAAGUGAAAAUACUGUCAAUGGUCUGAAUGAAGGAAUUGAUGAUGAUGGGAACGUGACAAAUAUUUCCAGAAGAAUGAUGAUUGAAGGUGCUGAAUCUGAGAAUGACAUUCUUGUUGGUAGUCAUCACACUGAACCGGAAACAUAUGCCCCUAAUCAUGAUCAAGUCAGUGGAGGAGAUAAAAAUGAUUUCAUGGUUUUCAGGUCUAAAAACUCUGAUAUUGAAGAUGGAAUAAGUUCAUAUACUGAUAGGCAUGAAUGUACUGAUAAUCUGGCACUUGACAAGUCCUCAUAUGAAUUGGAUGAGGAGCUCUGGGAUGAUGGAAGCUCUGACGAUGAUGAUAGUGAGGAAAUAAUUGACAAGCCCUCGGCAUAUGAAAUAUUAGAAGAAUGGAAUGAAAAAAGAAAGGAGGAUGGGAGUUUGUUAGGCUCUGAACUUGGUUGUGGCUAGUGAUUACAAGUUGCUUUAAUGUUUACAUAUGCUAUCUGAACAGGGAUAGGAAGUUGUAACAAUUUUCAUCGUAGAUUAGCUUGUUCUGAUCAACCCUAGUGACAUUUGCUACGAUGUUAUAAUAGGAACAAGGGAAUCCGAUUAGAACUUGUAAAAUCAAAAAGUAUGUUUGCAAUCUUUCCCUUGUCACGAUUUUUUUGCAUGAGAUUGUACUAAUGUUCAAGUACAGUGGUUUAGUCUUAUUGAAUAUACUAAAUUUUCAGAUUUAGUUUUUGUUCUCA